AUGGCUAUUUUUUUGCUUUUGCUAUUACUUUUGAUAGUUCCACUUUCACCAUCAUUUUCCAAACCAAAUGCUCACACACAGCAUUGCUUAGAGAAUGAGAAAACUUUGUUGCUUGAGUUGAAGAAUCAACUGGUGUUCGAUUCAUCCUAUUCAACAUAUCUGGUGCAAUGGAAUCAAAAGGAGGAUUGUUGCUCUUGGAAGGGUGUGGAGUGUGACGACACAGGCCAUGUUAUCAGUCUGCAACUCAACAACGAGGGCAUCUCAGGUGGAUUAAACGAGUCGUCGAGUCUUUUCAGACUCAACUUCUUGGAAGAGCUGAGCUUGCAAUUGAAUUCAUUUUCAGGUUCUUUACCACACAACAUUUCCAAUCUUGCAAGAUUGUCUACUUUGGACCUGUCUUUCUGCAAUUUCAGCGGCGCGAUUCCUUCCACGCUCAGCAAUCUGACACAACUUGUUCAUCUGGAGAUGGCAUACAACUUCUUCAGCGGCUCAAUUUCUUCCGGCCAGUUUGAAGGUUUUUCAAAAGUUGAGUAUAUUGAUUUAAGUUCCAAUUCACUAAGUGGUAGCAUUCCCAUACCUAUAUUUAAUAUACCUUCACUAAGGGAGAUUUACCUCUAUGACAACCAACUUAGUGGGAAAGUGGAUGAAUUUGCUAUUGUAAAUAUAUCUCUGCUUUCUUCGUUAGAUUUGAGCAAUAAUAGACUGGAGAGCCCUAUUCCUAACUCUUUCAUCAAGCUUCAAAGUCUCAAUUCUCUUGAUCUUUCUUACAACUUGUUCAAUGAUACUUUUCAAUUGGACAAGUUUCUAAGCCUUCCUAACCUUGAAACUCUAAUUCUUUCCAACAACAACUUGUCACUUUCAGGUUCACAUAGAUUCCCUGUAAACCAAUCCUCCAACUUUGAGUCAUUGGACCUUUCGGAUAAUAUGAUUGCGGGGGAAAUUCCUAGUUGGAUCUGGGAAAUCGGAAACGGGUCACUUAACUAUUUGAAUCUUUCAUGUAAUAUGCUGGUUGGUCUCCAAAAGCCUUAUCACAUCCCCAAUUCUCUCUGCUAUCUGGACUUGCACUCAAACCAGCUUCAGGGCGAGUUUCCCUCACUCUCACUGUUAAAACAUUUCACUAUUUUGGAUUUCUCAAAUAAUCAUUUUGAUCAGUUUGGAAUUCUUGAAAUUGGAAAUGACUCUGGUCCAUUUAGAAAUUUAGAAUUUUCACUCAGAAACAAUAGCUUGUCUGGAUCCAUACCAAUCUUCCUUUGCACGGUCACAGCCUCAGCCUUUGUUACUCUUGACUUGUCAGUUAAUAACCUGAGCGGUAGCGUUCCCCGUUGUCUAUUUGAAAACAGUGUUGAGCUCAAUCUAGGGAGAAAUAACAUCAGUGGUUGGAUCCCAGAUAAAAUUUCUCCCAAUUGCCAACUAAUUUCAUUAGAUUUGAGCGACAACAAUUUAGUAGGGGAUGUUCCUCUUUCAUUAGCGAAUUGCAAUUCGUUAAUAGUCUUGAACUUAUCCAACAACAAGCUAAGCGGAACAGUUCCAACCUCUCUUUGCAAAGCCACAUUCCUUUUGGUUCUCGACUUGUCUGUCAAUAACAUAAAUGGCAAUAUACCGCGUUGUCUAAUGGAUCAACUUGGUGCCCUUAAUUUAGGGAGUAAUAACAUCACUGGUCAUCUCCCAAACUUCACUGCUUGUUGUGGCCUACAAUAUCUGGAUCUCAAUAACAACAAUUUAAUCGGGGAAGUUCCACCAUCUCUGGAAAAUUGCCAACUUUUAAAGGUCAUGAAUGUUGGAGGCAACCAAUUGGGUGGCACUUUCCCAUGCAUGGAAGCGUUGAGCUUGCGCGUGCUUGUGUUGCGUGCCAACAGAUUCCAUGGAGGUCUGAGAUGUGACAAGAGCUGGUCAAAUCUUCAAAUAUUUGACAUAGCUAACAAUAACUUCAGUGGCAACGUGGAUUCUUUGAGCUUUUCAGACUGGAGAUCAAUGAUGAGGGAUGCUGUCACAAAGUUGAGUUACACAAACUUGGCUUUUAGUCACACAGACGUGAAAGCGGUAGGUAUGUGCCCAGUAGUUAAUUCCCCAAUUAGUCGGAUAAGGUUUGGUAGUGCCGCGCGGGGUGCAGACUACAACGAAAAGGUAUCACUAACCAUCAAAGGGGCAGAUCGGAAUCUUGUUAAGAUAUUGCCAGACUUUACAUCCAUCGACUUAUCUUGCAAUAAUUUCCAAGGAGGCAUCCCUGACUCAAUCGGUGAGCUCAAUGCACUUUAUCUUCUCAACUUAUCCCGCAAUAGUCUCACAGGAACAAUCCCAAAAUCAAUGAGUAACUUGACGGGGCUUGGAGCAUUGGACCUCUCAGUGAACCAGCUAACCGGGAAGAUACCAAAGGAGAUUGCAGGGCUUACAUUCCUUCAAUUGAUGAAUUUAUCCCACAACAAGCUGAUCGGAGAGAUUCCAGUUGGCCCUCAAAUCCAAACAUUCCCCGGUGAUUGCUUUGAAGGAAACAUAGGAUUAUGUGGUCUCCCUCUCAACAUUAGCUGCAUAAAGCCUCUUGCUUCACCACCAAAUGUGGAAUCAGAUGGGACAAAGGAGAUUGAGUGGGAUUAUGUGUUUGCUGGUGGUGGUUAUGUUGUGGGCUUCGGAAGCUUUCUUUGGGUGCUCAUAUUUCACCGAAGCUUCAGAGAGAGAUACUUUGAGAAAAUUGAGGAAGUUUUUGAGAAGAUAGUCAGCCUCCGCAAAAAGAAGAAGAGAAGGGAUGUAGGAAGAAGAGUUGUGAGAAAUCAUGCUAGAAGACGGUAG